AUGGCUUACACUGAGAUCAAUCUUGGGGACAAAGCCAACCAUAAUAAUUUCUCCUCUGUCACAGAGUUCCUGCUGCUGGGAUUCUCCAACCUUGGAGAAACCCAGCUUAUUCUCUUUGCUGUUCUUCUGUGCCUGUAUCUGAUUAUCCUGAGUGGAAACAUCACCAUUGUCACUGUUAUCCGCCUGGAUCGCAGCCUCCACAUACCCAUGUACUUCUUCCUAGGGAUCCUUUCCAUCUCUGAGACAUGUUACACCUUUGUCAUCCUGCCCAGGAUGCUCAUAAAUCUGUUGUCUCUGCUCAGAACAAUCUCAUUUAUUAAUUGUGCCAUUCAGAUGUUUUUCUUCUUUGGUUUUGCUGUCACAAAUUGCAUGCUACUGGGCGUUAUGGGUUACGACCGCUAUGCUGCCAUCUGUCAUCCACUUCGGUACUCUAUGCUUAUGAGCUGGCAGAUAUGUGGACAACUGGCAGCCACUUGUGCUGCUAUUGGUUUUUUGUCCUCUCUGAUAGGCUCCCUCUUAGUCUUUGAGCAAACUUUCUGUGGCCCUAAUGAGAUAAACCACUACUUCUGUGAUAUUUCACCAGUUAUCCAGCUUGCCUGUACUGACACCUAUAUCAAUGAACUGGUCAUCUUCAGUGGUGGAGUUCUGGUUCUCAUGGUCCCUCUGAUUUUCAUUUGCAUCUCUUAUGGUUUCAUUGUUUGUACAAUCCUGAGGAUUCCAUCAACUGAAGGCAAGCGAAAAGCCUUCUCCACUUGUGCCUCCCAUCUUACCGUAGUCAUUGUCCACUUUGGUUGUGCCUCCUUUGUCUACCUGCGACCAUCAGCCAAGUUCUCAUCCAGCAAAGAUAGGCUUGUGACAGUGACCUACACUGUUGUGACUCCAUUGUUGAACCCCAUGGUGUAUAGCCUUAGGAACAAGGAUGUCCAGAUGGCCAUUCGGAAAAGCUUAACCCACUACUUACUUUCACAAACUCCUCACAUACAUAAUAUUAGUGGUUCUUUUUUUAUUAAAUAA